GUAAGUAGGCUGGAAGGUGGUUGCCUAAUUGAAUUUCUUAGCUAUAUUCAAGUUUUUUAAUCGUUAUGUAAAGCGAAAUUGGUUUAAGCAGAGCUACUUCCAUUUUGGUGGUAGUUGUACGUAUUCGGAAGUACCUUUGUUUUCUCGAGUUGACUGGUCAUUCUCGAGUUAAAGACCCCAACGCUUCUACUGGAAGUCAGAAGAUUGGCGACGAAAGUGGAGUCCCAACGGGUACCUAUUGGCAUACCAACGCACAUGGCGGCAGAACCAUCGUGAUAUCAUGCAAUGGGCUAUCUAUCACUUUAACCAUCGUUCAAAAUCCUUUGUCUCGAGACAACCAACAUCCCCACUACAGCAGCAUCUCGCGACACAUUACUCCACGAGCGAAGAGGAUAGAGAUAGUAUAUAUCUUCGAUCAUGGUUCUUCCCGUCCCUUUGCUCCGCCUUCAAUGUGGCGUAAAUUCGUACGACUGGGGCAAGAUUGGCUCUGAAUCCGCUGCCGCCAAGUUUGCUGCCGCUACUCCUUCAGAUAGUUUGAACAUCGAGUCUGAAAAGCCCUAUGCCGAGUUAUGGAUGGGAACUCACCCGUCGAAUCCUUCUAAAGACUUGGAGUCUGGCCGGAAUCUCCUCGAUCUCGUCGGGUCCAAUGCUAUGUUCCUGGGCCCAUCCGUCAAAGCACGAUAUGGCUCCAAGCUCCCCUUCCUAUUCAAGGUGCUCUCCAUCAACAAGGCCCUCUCUAUCCAAGCACAUCCAAACAAGAAACUCGCCGAGCAGCUGCACGCCAACGACCCCAAGAACUACCCCGAUGAUAACCACAAGCCCGAGAUGACCAUAGCUGUCACCGACUUUGAGGGUCUAUGCGGCUUCCGUCCUCUAGAAGAGAUUGCGCAUUUUCUCGCUAGUGUUCCGGCUCUGCGUCAGCUUGUUGGCGAGGACGUGUCAAAGGGCUUCAUCGACAGGGUUAAAAGCCAGGAAACUGACGACGCUUCAAAGGAACAAAACAAGCGGGCUCUGCGCUCUGUUUUUGCUGCUUUGAUGCAGUCUUCUCCCGAGGAGGUGGCAUCUGCCUCUAAGUCGCUUGUUUCCGAAGCCGACAGCAAAGGCGCCGACUUUGCUGACCGUGGUACUAAGUCUACAAGUGGAGAGACCAUGGCUAAGCUCAUUCAUAGACUCAAUCAACAAUUCCCCGAUGAUAUAGGUCUGUUCGUCCUCUUCUUCCUUAACUACGUCACCCUGUCUCCAGGUGAGGCGCUGUUCUUGAAGGCCGACGAUAUUCACGCCUAUUUAUCUGGUGACAUCAUCGAAUGCAUGGCUGCUAGCGACAAUGUGGUGCGGGCAGGUUUCACUCCCAAGUUUAAGGAUGUCCAGAAUUUAGUCAACAUGUUGACAUAUAACUAUGCACCCAUCGAGGAGCAAAAGAUGUCGCCCAAGGAAUAUCCCUAUGCUGUUCUAAACCGCACUGCAUAUAGCUCGGGAUCCGAGGCGAUAUUGUACGACCCGCCUAUCGAUGAAUUCAGUGUCAUCAGGUCUGUUUUGAGAGGCAAUGGCUCCAAAGUGACUUUUGACCCCAUUGACGGCCCAAGCAUCAUAAUUUGCACUAGCGGCAAGGGUAAGAUCUCAGUCGGGCCCAAAACUGAGGAGAUCAAGGAAGGCUAUGUUUUCUUCGUCGGCGCCACGGCAGAACUAAUCAUGGAAUCGGAAGGCGAGCAAGACGACGAAUUCAUCACUUUCAAAGCGUUUUGUGAAGUGGAAGACCACAGCAAUGGCGCAUCGGCAUAAGUUAAGGGGAAACCUCUCUGAAAAAGAUAAUAUGAAAGACAGCUAAGAAACUUGAGUCAUGGGCAUCUUAAAAAGUAAUUACGUCACGAAGAAAUGAAUGAUUUAUCUGCCAAAAUGUACAGCGUUUACUUAAAAAGUUAGAAUCGGCUUCCACAUGACAGUUUUCCAUGACCGUUAUAAAAGCAUGAAAUUUCCAUAGGUUGAAUCAGCUAUACAUGUACAAAUGAGCAGGUUAUACUUCAACUAGGUUCAUAUGUACAAGUUAAGGUCCGC